CCGAAAUGAUUUGGUGCAAUUAAAAUUCCAGUGGUGGGGCUGAUUUUAUCUUCAGAUGUAUAAUUAGCCUAAUAAAUAAAGCACCUUUAUUUUUCUCUGUAUUUUGGUUUCAGGAAAGGAAUGGGAAAUAACACAAUGCAAAAGGGAUAACCCCAUUUCGGACAUACGUUGUUUUCUUUAAAUUCAGAGGGGUAUCAAUUUAUAUUCUUCUCGCAAGCAUGUGGAAAUAUGGAUUUCUAGUUACUUUACUUGCUGCGGUUGUGCGCUCACAGUUUCCAAGGGAAUGCGUGACUCCAGAAGGACUUCGAAGCGGUCAGUGCUGUCCCUCUCCAACGGGAGUACCGAAUGAAGAGUGCGGGUCCGGCACAGGACGCGGACGGUGUGUGUCAGUUACCGCGGAUGCGCGCCCGCAUGGACCACAGUAUCCUCACGACGGUCGAGAUGACCGGGAACGGUGGCCACUCCGGUUCUUUAAUCGCACCUGCCAAUGUAACGGGAAUUUCUCCGGUUACAACUGUGGGCGGUGCAGGCACGGCUUUACAGGAGCGAACUGCGACCAGGCAGUUUCUGUUGUACGUAGAAACGUGAUGCUGUUGAGUCCGGAGGAGAAGAGGGCGUUUGUGAACGCGUUAGACCGGGCAAAACGCACGGUUCACCCGGAUCUGGUAAUCGCCACUCGGCGGUAUGAUGAGGUUUUCGGUCCGGACGGCAACACAAUGCAGUUUGAGAACAUCACCAUCUACAACUACUUCGUGUGGACCCACUACUAUUCGGUCAGUAAGACGUAUCUGGGCCCCGGACAGCCGAGCUUCGGAGGGGUGGAUUUCUCUCACGAAGGCCCCGGAUUUGUAACCUGGCAUCGGUUCCACCUUCUACAGCUGGAGAAAGACAUGCAGGACAUGCUCCAGGACGCAACCUUCGCCCUGCCGUACUGGGACUUUGCGAUCGGCGGCAGCACGUGCGACAUCUGCACCGAUGACCUUCUGGGGGCGAGGAGCAGCUUCGAGCUCAGCUCCAUCAGCAGCAACUCCGUCUUCUCGCAGUGGAGGGUGAUCUGUGAGAGUGUGGAGGACUACGACACCCUGGGCACCAUCUGCAACAGCUCGGAGACCAGCCCCAUCCGGAGGAAUCCGGCCGGGAACGUGGCCAGGCCCAUGGUGCAGCGUCUGCCUGAGCCCCAGGAUGUCGCUGCCUGCCUGGAGCUCCUCGCCUUCGACACACCACCCUACUACUCCACCUCCUCACAGAGCUUCCGCAACUCCGUGGAGGGCUACAGCGCCCCCCAGGGGGACUACGACCCAGUGAUCCGGAGUCUGCACAACCUGGCUCACCUGUUCCUGAACGGGACCGGGGGCCAGACCCACCUGUCCCCGAACGACCCCGUGUUCGUGCUGCUGCACACCUUCACCGACGCCAUCUUCGAGGAGUGGCUCCGCAGACACAGCCCCGAUGCGACGGUUUAUCCGUUGGAAAACGCCCCCAUCGGCCACAACAGGCAGUACAACAUGGUUCCGUUCUGGCCCCCGGUCACCAACGCAGACAUGUUUGUGACAGCUCCCGAAAACCUGGGGUACUCGUACGAGGCCCAGUGGCCAGCGCCCCCCUACACCAUGACGGAGAUCAUCACGCUCACCGUGGUGGCGGCCCUGCUGACGGUCGCCGUGGUUUUCGCGGCCAGCACGUGCGCCGUGCGCACCAGGUCCUACAGCAAGAUGGAGGGCCAGCAGCCGCUGCUGGGGGAACAGUAUCAGCGUUACACCGACGACCCCGACAGACUCCCGGAGAAAACCCAGUCCGUGGUCUGAGGCAGGGACAGCAACUCUGGCGCUCGAGUCCAAAUCCAGACCUGGUUUUAUUUCCUCCCGGGUAAUCAGUGCUGCUGAUUGGUCAGAGUGUCUUCACACCUGACUCCCAGGUUAAGGGAGGGUGGAAAACCAGCAGUUCUAUCUAUCUGGUACCUGGUCUAUGACUUUACAGCAGUGUGCGUCAUCUUAGUCUCAUUUCAUUCAAAGGUUUUAUAUCUUUAAACGUGGUGUAAGUGCUUCACUGAAGAUCAAUCAAAGUUUCUAAGCAACUGUGAAUAUCAUCAGAAAAAUAUCUAUAAUUCCAUAAACCCAUAACGCAGACAUGUAAGAAUGUAACACUGGUAAUUUUGUAUUCUAUACACAGCAAGUAAUGCAACCUGCCGUCAUUUACGCAAA